AUGGAGGAGAUCCAGAAGAUCUUCAGCUCCAGAAUCAACAAACACAUCAUGAUCCUCAUCAUGCAGAACUCAGAGCAUCAGACAGCAGAACUCAAUGAAGAAACACAGACUGUCAUUCAGAGUUUUGGAGGAAGACAUCAUCACUUCAGUCCUGAAACACAAGUGUCCACAUUGAUGGAGAACAUUGAGCAGAUGCUGGAGGAAAACAGAGGAGGUUCAAGAGUAAACACAGAGGAUGAGUUGAGGAUUGUUCUUCUGGGAAAAACUGGAGUCGGGAAAAGUGCGACUGGAAACACAAUCUUAGGAAAAGCCAAAUUUACAGCAGAAACAUCUCACCAAUCAGUGACUAAAGAGAGUCAGAGAGAAACAUGUGAGAUCAAUGGCAGACAGGUCACUGUGAUCGACACUCCAGGAGUGUUUGAUACUGAACUCACUGAAGAGGAGAUCCAGAGAGAAAUCAGACACUGCAUCUCCAUGAUUCUGCCUGGACCACACGUGUUCAUCAUCGUGCUCAGUUUAGGACAGAGAUUCACUAAAGAGGAGGAAACAUCAGUGAAGAUCAUUCAGGAGACGUUUGGGGAAAACUCUCUAAUGUUCACCAUGGUACUCUUCAACAGAGGAGACUUCCUCAAGAAUAAAUCCAUUGAAGAAUUUCUGGGUAAACCUGGAUCUCCUCUGAUGAACCUGAUUGAAGCUUGUGGACACAGAUAUCAUGUGUUCAACAAUACCCAGCCUGAAGAGCGAACACAAGUGUCUGAUCUACUGGAGAAGAUAGACAACAUGGUGAAGGCAAACGGAGGAAGCUUCUACUCAUGCAAGAUGUUCAGAGAGAUGGAGAGAGAAAAACAAGAACAACAGAUGAAGAUCCUGAUGGACAGAGUCAGAGAAACUGAAGAAGAGAUGAAGAAACUGGAGGAAGAGAAAGACAGAAUGAAGAUGAUGAUGAUAGAGGAACGACAGAAUCAGGAGACAGAGAGAAAGAGGAGAGAAGAAGAGUUCAGAGAGAGAGAAGAGCGAUAUAAAAGACUGAUUAAAGAACAAAAGCAGAAGGAGAAUGAACUGAUAGAACAGAUGAAACUGGAGCGAAUGCAGAGACCAGAGGAACUAGACAGACUGAAAAUAGAAGAAAAGAAAGAAGAAGAGAAACAGAAAUCUGAACUUCACAAGAGACACCAAAGUCCCGUUAGUGAUCACAUAAUGGAGAGUGUGACCAGAUGGAAUUCUGAGAGACCGAACACAGCCCAUGAUCAACAGACUGCUCCAAGACUCUCCUCCAUCAGGAUUGUUCUUCUUGGUGACCGUAGUAUUGGUAAAAGUGCAUCUGGAAACACAAUCCUGGGACAGAAAGUGUUCAGAUCUGAGAGGAGCAGUAUGUUUGCAGUAACCCGUGAAUGUUCAAUUGCUGAGGCCACAGUUUCAGGCAGAUCUGUGUCUGUAGUCGACACUCCUGGAUUCUUUCACAGACAUAAGAGACCUGAGCAGUUAAUGAUGGAGAUCAGCAGAUGUGUGUGUUUAUCCUAUCCUGGACCCCACGCCUUUCUCAUUGUAUUUACUAUAUAUAUGGGAGUCACUAAAUAUGAGCUGCAGUUUCUUCAGAAGAUUGAGCAGAUGUUUGGUGAAGAAGUGUUGAAAUACUCCAUCAUUCUCUUCACUCAUGGAGAUCUGCUGGAAGGAGGGUCUGUAGAGGAGCUGAUAGAGGAGAACUGUACAGCAAGAUCUGUAGUCCAGCAGUGUGGAGGCAGAUAUCAUGUGUUCAACAAUGAAGAUGUGAAUAACAGAGAGCAGGUGGAGGAUCUACUGCAGAAGAUUGACUCAAUGAUACAGCAGAAUGGAGGAGGACACUACACUAAUGAGAUGUUUGAAGAUGCUCUGAGAGCCAGACAAGAGGAAGAAGAGCAGAGACAGAGAGAAGAGCAAAGAAAACUACAAGAGGUGGAACGGAGACAAGAGGAGCUUGAGAGAGUGAGAAAGGAGUCAAAGGAGAGAGUCAGAAAAUUAUUUAAUAGAAAAUAGUUUGCUCUUUAGGUGGCUCAGCAGUGUUGCAGUGUGGCCUCACGGCAAGAAGGUUGCUGGUUCGAGCCUCAGCUGGGUCAG